AUGAGUGUGCAAGAAGAAUGGGAUGAAGAAGAAACACCAUCACUCACUCUCAAACUCACAGACACAAGCUCAGACAUUAACAUUAAGAAGCUAGCAUACAAUGGGACUUGCAUUGAUGAUGAGUGCCUGCAGCCAGGGGAAGGGACAAAGAGGUGGCAGCAGCAGACACAGCUCCUGCCGGUGUUUGGAGACGGUGAUGGCAGUGGCAGCAAGGACGCCCAGUGUUCAGGGCCGGCAGCAGCAGCGGCAAACAUCUUCCAGCAAUCAGGGCGCCAGCAGCAGCGGACUCUGCAAGGUGGCAACACCAACAAGGUUACAUCUCCGAAGCCAGUGGCCAGAGCGGGACUCUUGAUGAUGCUUUUCAUGCCUCCAGUUAUGAAUGGUCAGGCCCGCAACAACUCGAAGCAGUCCCUCAGUUGGCUCUCCUCAGACAACAAUAACUCCUCAGUCACAACCUCCGACCUAGCCACCGAGACAGUCAACCCGUGGGACAUCGCCCUGUGUGUGGUGGGGACUGUCAUCUCCUGCGAGAAUGCCAUCGUGGUGGCUGUGAUCUUCUACACGCCGACCCUCAGGACUCCAAUGUUCAUCUUGAUCGGGAGCUUGGCGUUGGCUGAUCUCCUCGGAGGAGUGGGCUUGAUCCUCAAUUUCAUUUUCCUUUACUUGCUGAACUUCGAAGCCGCUAGACUGGUGUCGGCCGCCCUUCUGAUCGCUUCCUUCUCGGCUUCAGUCUGCAGUUUGCUUGCCAUCACCAUGGACCGUUACUUGUCCCUGUACAACGCACUGACAUACCACACAGAAAGGACCACCACGUUCACUUACCUUGUACUGUUCGCCAUCUGGGUCACAUGCAUCAGUCUGGGGUCACUUCCCGUCGUGGGCUGGAACUGCUUGGAAGACGAGGCGUCUUGCAGUGUCAUCAAACCCAUCACCAAAAACAACGCCGCUGUCCUCUCGGUCUCCUUUCUGCUGAUUUUCGCCCUGAUGUUGCAACUGUACGUUCAAAUCUGCAAGAUCGCCUUCAGGCACGCUCAGCAGAUCGCUGUGCAGUACCAUUUCGUGGCGACCUCCAGCACCUCGACCAGGAAGGGGAUCUCCACCUUGUCGGUCAUCCUGGGUACCUUCGCUGUUUGUUGGGUCCCUUUUGCAAUCUACUGCUUGAUUGCAGACUCCAGUUACCCGCUGAUUUACACAUAUGUCACCGUGCUACCAGCGACCUGCAAUUCCGUGAUUAAUCCUAUUAUUUAUGCAUACCGGAACCCUGACAUCCAGAAAUCGCUCUGGGUCGCAUGUUGUGGCUGUAUCUCAUCUAAUUUCUCAUUUAGACCAAGGUCGUCCAGUGACGUAUAG